CGCUAAACUCUCAGUCACUCCCAACUCUUCUCAUUUGAUCCCUACGAUAGAUCAGCACCAGCACCAGCACUAUGACCGGCAGUAAGAAUGUGGUGUUCGACAUUGUCGGCACACUGGUCUCCUACGAUGUCCUCUUCGAAGCGAUCGACACGCAACUGGGCGACCGUCUCCGUGCGGAGGGAAUCAAGCCUUCCUUGUUAGGAUACACCUGGAUCGAGGUCGCAGAGCGCGAGUACACAUAUCUGAGCUUGUCGGGCCAGUAUAAGACAUUCGCUACUUGUCUAGAACUGCUCUUCUGGCGAAUGCUCAAGAUGGCCGGCAUCCAAGACCCGCGAAGCUUUGCCUCGAAGAGCGAUCUUGAGUUCAUCAUGAGUAGGUAUGCCAAACUUGGACUCCGUCCAGGAGCGGCCGAGUGCGUCACUAAGUUGCGUGAUGCUGGAUUCACUGUCUGGGCGCUCACAGCGGGGGACGCCGCGAGAGUGGGGGGAUAUUUCGCCAACGCUGGACUUGAAUGGCCCGCAGAGAAUCUGAAAUCCUGUGACUCGCAGGGAAUAGGCAAGCCAGACUUGCGAGUGUACCAGCCGCUGCUCGAGCAGCUCUCCCAGCACGGCCAACCCUGGUUUGCUGCUGGGCAUAUGUGGGACGUUUCGGCGGCUCGCCGUGCGGGGUAUAAAGGAGCGUACUGCACCAUCUGGGAAAAGGAGCCGAUUGUGGAAUUAUUUGGAGAGAUGGACGUCAUGGCAGACACUCUGCCAGCGAUGGCUGACAAGAUAAUUGCUGCGGAAAACAAGUGA